ACGAACGAACGGACGAACGAACGAACGAACGAACGAACGAACCCGCGGACUGGCGGGAGCGCGCCCACUACGACACGGGACACUUAGACACACACACACACACACACACACACACACACACACACACACACAAAUACAGACACAUACACGCAGGCGCGCGCGCGCAGCGCUUUUUCACACACUUUUCUUCCGCACAAACCGGCAGAAGAUGAAGGAGAGGAGAAACACGCAGCCGCUGGUGGUGCGAUGCAAGCUGGUGCUCGUGGGAGACGUGCAGUGCGGGAAGACCGCGAUGCUGCAGGUGCUGGCCAAGGACUGCUACCCCGAGACGUACGUGCCCACGGUGUUCGAGAACUACACCGCGUGCCUGGAGCUGGAGGAGCAGCGCGUGGAGCUCAGUCUGUGGGACACGUCAGGUUCCCCGUAUUACGAUAACGUGCGGCCCCUCUGCUACAGCGACUCAGACGCGGUUCUCCUGUGUUUCGACAUCAGCCGUCCAGACACCAUCGACAGCGCUCUAAAGAAGUGGAAGACAGAGAUCCUGGACUUCUGUCCCAACACUCGCAUUCUCCUCAUCGGCUGUAAGACAGACCUGCGCACGGAUGUCUGCACGCUGAUGGAGCUGUCUAACCAGAAGCAGACACCCAUCUCCCAUGAGCAGGGCUCAGCCUUGGCCAAGCAGCUGGGUGCCGAGGCCUACCUGGAGUGCUCCGCCUUCACCUCGGAGAAGAGCAUCCACAGCGUGUUCCGCACGGCUGCCCUGGCCUGCCUCAACAAGCUGCAGCCCGCCGGCAAGUCCAGCCCGGCACGCCGCCUCUCCAAGAGACUGCUGCACUUGCCCAGCCGCUCCGAGCUGCUCACAUCCACCUUCAAGAAGGAGAAGGCUAAGAGCUGCUCGGUGAUGUGAGCAGCCCAGGUGGUUCGGGUUGUGAGGCACCGGCGCUUGGCUUCACCCGUAAUGAAGGACUCCCUCCCCAACCCCACCUCACGCUCCAAAUCGCUUUGAAAAACCGGACAUCCGUCGCCCCUAGUUCCUUCAUUUCCCCGGUGCAUAUCGUGACGGUGGGGGCCUGGCUCUUUAUUUAUGUUUAUUUAUUUGCUUUAAUCUGUAUUUAACUGUCACGGUUUUAUCCACCUUCCGGAGCUGGAAUUUAGUGAAAACUCUGGCUGCCGUGGGAUAUACGCACCCGUUCGACAAAAUCAGAGCAGGGUAACGUACCUGCUCCAAGUGCAAUUUGGACACAUAAUGGCAUUCAUAUUUCAAAGGCAAUUUAGUGUGCGCUUGGUGAUGUACAACGUCGCUAUCUGACAUUUGGCUGUUCUCGUGUAAAAACCUUAUCUCAUGUACACAGGAUAUGCCCCACAGGUGCCGAUGAGUAGACCGCUGUGGGUGUUUCUCCGCAUUUUCGCCCUAGUUCGGCACUGAUCAUUUUGGCUAUACAGAGCAGAGGGAGUUGGGUCCCCCACUCCGCAUAGGUACCAAAAAAUCCCCGACAACCCUCGGUGAUUUAGGCCCAUCCUUAUUCCCGCCUGCAAAACGAUAACAGCUGCAACGCACGAUCUGCACACGCUAUUAGUCACGUAUAAAAAAGGCUUUGUGUGUUUACCUGGGGCUGGUUGUGUUUUACCGGGGCUCCUGCAUACAUUUCAGUUUAUAAGAACAGACAGAUGUGGUGUACACCCCACCUGCUUCCCCGACUUGGGGAAAAUGAUGAGCAGGACUGUACAAACUUUCAGACUCACCAGCAGUGGUAAAAACAGGCGUUGACAUGGCUUUUGCCUUGAGCGCGUUUCUACACCAGCGCCCGUGUCAAUGAAUGCUUCAUGUGGGGAGACCUGUCCACCGGGCACCUCACAUGUCACUUCUGCUCAGAUCACUUGGGCAGGGUGGAAAGACGUGUGGAAGUCAGAGAGGCGCCAGCAAGGGAACACAACCAACAUGAAUCUGAAAUGGUCACGGCGCUGUCUCUUUUUACCUUGGCAUUUGUUAUUUAAACGGCUCCGUAUGGGCAACAGGAGGUGCCGAUUCACACUGGCAGCAGUGGCAGUGCCGUGUGGUUGACAAGGGACCCUUGAAGAGGUUGAUUGGCUGUUUGGCGCUCCAACAGCUUUGCAUCUGACAGAGCAUCAGAUCAAGGGAUGGCAAGCAAGUGUUUAAAUCCAUUUCCUACUGGAGAGGCACAUGGAAAGCUGGUACAUUUUCUGUACUGGAGUAAAGAGGAAGAUUAUCUUUGGGACUGGGCUGCAGAGGGAUAUAUGAUUUGAAGCCACUUUCUGAAAAAUAUGUUUUCUGAUCCAGUAGGAAUAAGGACUUGAGCUGAGUUUCAGAUACAUGUGCACACAACCUCACAUAUUUUUGUUGCACUAUCAUGAAUUUGUCUUUGUACAGUCAUCAGUACUAAGUCACUAUAUAAAGUGCUGCUUGAAAGUGUGUGAACCCCUCAUGUCCCUUAGUUUU